AUGCUGUGGCUGUUGUUGCUGUUACUCGUGUGCUCCUUCCCAUCCCCGCUGCAGUCUUCCUCCGACAAUUCGUCUCUAUGGCCGAUCCCCAGCGAUCAUGCGUACGGCAAGCGUGCAUUCCACGAGGCAGAAGGCGCACCUGGGCAGGAGUCAGCUAUGUAUGCUGUGGAUCGGGAAGAGCGGAACGGUCAUGCUAAGACCUGCAGCGAUUCCGGUCGCGGGGUGCAGCCAGUGCUACAUGUAGAUCUAGAGAGACAGGUCUUUGUGCAUUUCGUUGAGGUGAUUUCCAAGAUCUCUGUUUCUCCUCUGAUCCAACCCUUUCAUUGUCGUCUCACAAAGAUUUACACGACGAAGGCGUACGGAAAGUUGAUAGUCGAGGCUACGGGCAGUGAGCAUGAGGGGGCUGCAAGAGUGUGCGCUCCCCUGUCCAGAAGCAGAACCUUUGAGUUUCACUGCGGGGGGUCUGCCAGGCUCCUCACGGUCAGGCUGAUCAACAGCUCCGACACUCUAGCAGUCUGUGAUGUGAAUGUCUGGGCAGAAGAUCCAAAGCAGGAGGAGGAGGUGCGAGGCCGGAUCGAGGAGCUACAUUACAUCGGUCUUCAGGCAGCAGAGCGAGGAAAUGCAGAAGUUGCACUUCGCUCCUACCACCUGUGUGUCAGCUGGUUCUACACGAGGAUGUUGGCGACCUGUCUCAACGAUGCCGGGAACGUCUACCUCGCUCUUGGCCGCUCCGACCGAGCUCUCUUGCUCUUCAGGAAGGCCGCGAGGCUUGUCAGAAAUACUCACCUCGCUCCUACCGCAGUCACCAACGUGGCGAUGACAGCAAGGGAGCUGUGCGACUGGACGGACUGGGACGAGGUGAUGGGGGAGCAACUUGAGCAGAUCCGACUGGCGUUGAGGAUGCGGCGAGCGCUUCUGAUGCCAUAUCUUGUGGAGACGUACAGGCUUGACCCCCCCAUGGUCCUCCGACUCUCGGAGAUCCUGUCAGAAGAAACGUUUGACCAGGUCAAUCCCAGCGUCGAGGCAGCGUGUGAGCGCGAGAAGGGACUUCCAAGGCUCCAGCGUGAUCUCCGUGAGGGGGGCAAGGAAGGGGGAGGGGGGCAAGGAGGGGCGGGGCACGUUCAUGUCGGAUUCUACAGCGUGACCGGGCUGAACGCGGCGAGACUUUCCAUCGGGAGGUUCCUGCAGUCAGUGAUUGCUCUGCACAACUCCAGCAGAGUUCUGGAGGCGUUCUGCUACGGGGACGUGGAGCACGAUGACGGGACGAGGAUCUAUCGGACGAUAGCCCAUGGCUGCUCGGGGAUGAAGAACAUGCACGGGAUGUCCUUCACGCAGGCAAGUGGAACUUUGUCCCUCUCCUCCUGCCCUCAUCUCACCUCGACUUCUGUGCGCUGGCAGAGGCUGAGGAGCGUCCGAGAGGAUAAGCUGCACGUCAUGGUCGACCUGACUGGCUUCACCCAUCAGCCUUCGUUCCUCCCGUCAACGAUGAAUGAGGGGCUGAGGUUCCGCUCCCCCAUCCAUCGGCUCAUGGCAGCCGGCGUUGCUCCUCUGCACGUGUCGUGGUGGGGGUAUACCGGCACCCUCGGUGCCGAGUUUGUUCAUUACGUAGCCACGGACGUGAAAUCGUCUCCACCCGAGUGGUCCUGUUCUCCCCUCCUUGCGGCCUCUGCUCACGCUCUGAACCAUUGCAGCCGAUCGUUCUACUCGGAGAAGUUCCUGUACCUUCCUGGCUCCACUUACCUGGUCUCUGACCAUGCUAUCUCCCGGCGGGAGGUCCUCCUGCAGCAUGACGACGUGGGAAACUUCUCCCUCCCCAGCGAGACUCCGGCGUUCAUCCAGCCGAGGAUGGAGUUCGACCCGCACCGGCACGCCGUCCCCACGAGGGAGGAGGUGCUGGGGCUGUCCUCCCCCUCCUCCUUCGUGCUCUGCUCCUUCAAUCAGUUCUACAAGCUCGACCCAGAGAUCUGGUCCACCUGGAUGAGAAUCAUGAGGAGGGCGCCGGAGGCGGUCCUGUGGAUGCUGGAGUUCAAUGGGAAAGCGGUUUCUCCUCCUUCCUCUGUGGACGCUCUGUGGAGCGGUGUACCUGUCCUCACACUAGCGGGUGAGGGGAUGGCAGCAAGAGUCGCCUCCUCUCUCGUCCUGCUCCAGCAGCGGAGCGGAGUGACUGUGAGCAGGAACCUCGCCGACUACGAGGACAUCGCCGUCCGCCUGCUGUCUCGGAGGGACCGGCUGCGAGCGCUAAGAGAGGAGCUGCGGCAGCAGCGAUGGCAGUCUCCUUUGUUCGACACCAUCCGCUGGUUUUCCUUGUGGGAGCGGCAGAUUAAGAAGGCUGUCGACCUUGUGCUGGCUGGUUACUACCCGCCAGCUCACAUGCACAUCAUCUGA